AUGUCCAUUUUAUCCCAUAUUGGUCAAGUCGGUGAAGCAGCCUCUAGUGGGGCCUGUCAAUCCCCAUUAUGUCUCGAUUUUGCAAAAUUUCGCACUUCGGGGGAUCUACUCAUGGUGCCAGUCAGUGUUAGAGACGACUGUAUUCCCCAUCAGGGGAGAAGUUAUGGAAGAACCGGCAAAGUACGGAUGCCGGCUACGCCUGAACUUGUGCAAAAAUUGGCAAUACGGCCCGACAUUCUUUUGGAGGAAGGUCACUUGGAAGAAAAGGUUUGUUGGUGGCUGGGAAGUGAAAAACAUACAAAGAAGGCGAGAUAG